AUGGCAUCGUUAGACAAUGACUCGUUUUAUGAAAUUAAAUCACAUUUUGUUGAUACUGUUAAAAAAUCUGAAUGGGUUCCCUUAUCUCUUACUUUUGUUGAGUAUCCUCAAGGUGAUUUAUUUGGAAAAUUCUUAGCUUUAAUAAGUUUAAUACCAUUUGCUAUUAUAGCUGGUUUCAUAACAUUAAUUCUUUUUAGAAGAGAUUUACAUACAAUUACAUUUUUUGGCGGUGUUCUAAUUAAUGAAUGUAUAAAUUCUAUAUUAAAACACACUAUAUGUGAACCAAGACCAAUGAAACGUGAAUCUAUUUAUGUUGAAUAUGGUAUGCCAUCAAUGCAUGCACAGUUCAUAUGGUUUUUUACUGCAUAUACUAUACUUUUUAUAUGCAUCAGGUUACAUCACAAUAAUAAUAGUAGUAUUUCAGAAAAGUUCUGGAGAAUUAUUAUCAUAGCUGCUUGUAUAAUUGUUGCUAUUUUAGUUACAUACAGCAGAGUUUAUUUAUUAUAUCACAGUAGUUCUCAGGUACUGUGGGGUACAUUCAUAGGUAUUAUAUUGGGGACAACAUGGUUUAUAAUUACAUACAUAGUUCUUACACCAAUAUUUCCUAUAAUUGUUUCAUGGUAAGUAGUUAAAUAUCUGUUAUUACGAGAUACAACAUUAAUUCCUAACAUCCUUUGGUUUGAAUAUACAAAUAUUCGUACAGAGGCACGUGCACGUUCAAGGAAAUUAGUAUCAAUGAAAUCACAAUGACGUCUAAUAUCUGGCCAA